CCAGUCCGGGAGGAAGUUCUGCCCGGCGCUCUCCGCCGGUGCCUCCCUGGUUAUAUUGUUGAACAGGAAACCCGGCAGCGCGGGAGCCGCACAGUCGAGGAGGGAGCGCGGGACGCUGAGCCCACGCGCGCCUGCCGGGGCAAGUGGAGGCGAAGCCGGCGAGCGGACGCCCCGAGGGUCGGGGAAGGAACCGAGGCCCGGUCCCCUUCUUAUCCAGCCCGAGACAUCGAGCUCCGGUGGGCGUCCCUGCGCUGGGAAUCCCGCUCGGAGUUUUUCCAGGCCCGGCCGGGCUGCUCCAGGAAAGGCCCUGGUGGGGGAAGAGCUCCUGUUCCGCGCAGCCUCUCCGGCCUCGCCCCUGGAAACCCCGCCCAGGGCGAUGGUAGGGGCCUAACCUGCAGCCACCGCCGGCUCCGCCCACCCAGCCCAUGGGCUCCCUGAGGCCCGCCCAGCCGACGAAAACGCCGCGGCCGCGAUGGCGGCGGACGUGGUGGGGGACGUGUACGUGCUGGUGGAGCACCCCUUCGAGUACACCGGCAAGGACGGGCGCCGCGUGGCCAUCCGGCCGAAUGAGCGCUACCGGCUGCUGCGGCGCAGCACCGAGCACUGGUGGCACGUGCGGCGUGAGCCCGGCGGCCGCCCCUUCUACCUGCCUGCGCAGUACGUGCGCGAGCUGCCCGCGCUGGGCAACCCUGCCGCCGCCGCGCCGCCAGGUCCCCACCCGAGCCCCGCGGCCCCUGAGCCGCUCGCCUACGACUACCGGUUUGUGAGCGCGUCUGCGACCGCGGGCCCCGACGGCGCCCCCGAGGAGUCCGGAGGCCGAGCCAGCUCCCUGUGCGGCCCUGCGCAACGCGGCGCCGCGACCCAGCGCAGCAGCCUGGCGCCCGGCCUGCCAGCCUGCCUGUACCUGCGGCCCGCGGCGCCCGUGCGGCCCGCGCAGUCCCUGAACGACCUGGCCUGCGCCGCCGUCUCGCCUCCCGCCGGCCUCCUAGGAAGCAGCGGCAGCUUCAAGGCCUGCAGCGUGGCGGGCUCCUGGGUGUGCCCGCGGCCUCUGGCGCGCAGCGACUCAGAGAACGUCUACGAGGUCAUCCAGGACUUGCACGUCCCGCCGCGGGAGGAGAGCGCAGAGCAGGUGGACGACCCACCGGAGCCCGUGUACGCGAACAUAGAGAGGCAGCCCCGGGCCACUUCACCGGGCGCCGCUGCAGCCCCUCUUCCCAGCCCGGUGUGGGAGACGCACACGGACGCGGGCACCGGGCGCCCCUACUACUACAACCCAGACACGGGAGUUACCACCUGGGAGUCGCCCUUUGAGGCUGCCGAGGGUGCCGCCAGCCCAGCCACCUCCCCUGCCUCGGUGGACAGCCACGUGAGCCUUGAGACCGAGUGGGGCCAGUACUGGGAUGAGGAGAGCCGCAGGGUGUUCUUCUACAACCCGCUGACGGGCGAGACGGCCUGGGAGGACGAGGCCGAGAACGAGCCCGAGGAGGAGUUGGAGAUGCAGCCGGGCCUGAGCCCUGGCAGCCCAGGGGACCCGCGGCCCCCCACUCCCGAGACGGACUACCCCGAGUCGCUGACCAGUUACCCCGAGGAGGACUAUUCUCCCGUGGGCUCUUUCGGUGAGCCCGGCCCUACCUCUCCCUUGACCACACCCCCCGGCUGGUCUUGUCAUGUCAGCCAGGACAAGCAGAUGCUCUACACCAACCACUUCACCCAGGAGCAGUGGGUGAGGCUGGAGGACCCCCACGGGAAGCCAUACUUCUACAAUCCAGAGGACUCCUCUGUUCGAUGGGAGCUGCCCCAGGUAACAACCUGGGGAAAGAGGGGUGUUGGGGAGAGAGGAAGAGAUCACAUACGACUGUGUCUUUCUCCCCAGGUCCCUAUCCCUGCCCCUCGAAGCAUCCAUAAAUCCAGCCAGGAUGGUGACACCCCAGCCCAGGCCAGCCCUCCAGAGGAGAAGGUCCCAGCAGAGCUGGAUGAGGUUGGGAGCUGGGAGGAAGUCUCUCCUGCCACAGCUGCUGUGAGGACCAAGACCUUGGACAAGGCAGGGGUGCUCCAUCGCACCAAGACGGCAGACAAGGGAAAGCGGCUCCGGAAGAAGCACUGGAGUGCCUCCUGGACUGUGCUGGAGGGUGGCGUCCUGACAUUCUUCAAGGACUCAAAGACCUCGGCUGCAGGCGGCCUGAGGCAGCCUUCCAAGUUUUCCACCCCUGAGUACACAGUGGAGCUGAGGGGGGCCACUCUCUCCUGGGCCCCCAAAGACAAAUCCAGUAGGAAGAAUGUGCUGGAGCUACGGAGCCGAGAUGGCUCCGAGUACCUGAUCCAGCACGACUCGGAGGCCAUCAUCAGCACCUGGCAUAAGGCCAUUGCUCAGGGCAUCCAGGAGCUGUCCGCAGAGCUGCCCCCAGAGGAGGAGAGCGAGAGCAGCAGAGUGGACUUCGGGUCGAGUGAGCGCUUGGGAAGCUGGCAGGAGAAAGAGGAGGACGCGCGACCGAAUGCAGCCGCGCCCGCCCUGGGCCCCGUGGGCCUGGAGAGCGACUUGAGCAAGGUCCGGCACAAGCUCCGCAAGUUCCUCCAGAGGCGGCCCACACUGCAGUCGCUGCGUGAGAAGGGCUACAUCAAAGACCAGGUGUUCGGCUGCGCGCUGGCCGCGCUGUGUGAGCGCGAGAGGAGCCGGGUGCCACGCUUCGUGCAGCAGUGCAUCCGCGCCGUCGAGGCCCGCGGGCUGGACAUCGACGGGCUGUACCGCAUCAGUGGAAACCUGGCCACCAUCCAGAAGCUACGCUAUAAGGUGGACCACGAUGAGCGCCUUGACCUGGAUGACGGGCGCUGGGAGGACGUCCACGUUAUCACCGGAGCCCUGAAGCUCUUCUUUCGGGAGCUGCCCGAGCCCCUCUUCCCCUUCUCGCACUUCCGCCAGUUCAUUGCGGCCAUCAGUGAGCACCUGGGGCAGAGUUGCAGGACCAGGCCCGGCGCAGCCGCUGUGUGCGUGACUUGGUGCGCUCGCUGCCCGCCCCCAACCACGACACUCUGCGGAUGCUCUUCCAGCACCUCUGCCGGGUGAUCGAGCACGGCGAGCAGAACCGCAUGUCGGUGCAGAGCGUGGCCAUUGUGUUCGGGCCCACGCUGCUGCGGCCCGAGGUGGAAGAGACCAGCAUGCCCAUGACCAUGGUGUUCCAGAACCAGGUGGUGGAGCUCAUCCUGCAGCAGUGCGCGGACAUCUUCCCGCCGCAAUGACUGCCGGCCUGUGAUUGGGGCGGCGGCCGCGGUCCUGCCACACAAGCUGGGCGGCGGAGGCCACGCAGCCGGGCCUUCUUCUCUCUGGGACCCUCCGCCAGCGCAUAGCUGCAGGCCGGUGUGACUUCUGCACCCUCGGUUCUGAGGGUACGGUGACCCCUAGUGGGCAGUUUGCAAAAUGUGAUUCCUUCCUCCCAACUCCCCAUCCCCCCCUUCCCUUCCCGUCACGUCCUGUUUGGGGGUUAAUUAGGUUUUUUCUCUGUUGCAUCGCGCCUACUGUGCGUGUGCGAUAGCGUGUGUGGGGGUGAGAGUUUGUUUUCUGGAAUGGUAGGUGCUGGGAGGAGGAGUUUGAUGGAGGGCUUCCUGGCUGCUUCUGGCCCUCACCUCGUGGAGGCCUUCACAGAGACCCUGUGGGCCCUGGCCCUGUGCUGGCACUGUGCCAGUCAUGAAGCAGCUGUGAUCACUUCCCCACUGUGGAAACAGGACUGACCCAGCCUUCAGCGUGGGCUGCUGAAGCUAUCCUCCUCAGGCCUCAGGGAUGACCUCCUGCCUGAGCCUCUCACAGGCUGGCUGUGGGCCAGUUUCAUCUGCUUUCCUGUUGGGGGUCCCGGGCCUCUGCUGUCCCUGACCCACUGGUGUUCUGUGCAAGGCUUCUUCCCAUUCACCAAGUGCACACCUUGCAUCUGCCGCUCGGCAUGCACCAGUUCCACACACCAUCCCAUUUUACAGACAAGGACGCUGAGGCCUGCAGCAGCAGUGUGACUUGCUCAAGGUCCAGUGAGUGACCUCAUUCCCCAGAAAAGGCUCCUCCCACACCAGAGUACAGCCUGGGUAGGGGGAAAAUCAGUUCUUUCAGCUACCACCCAUCCAACCUUUGGGCCUAUGCGAAAAGAAAGGAACUAAGCUGGGUGUGUUCUGUCUGGACCUGGGGAGGCCCCUGAAGGCAAAGAGGGAAACUGUCCCAGCUGUUCUGUCCUAGGGGAGGGGGACAUAGCCCUAGCAGGAGCUCCCAGCCCCUCUUGGCACUCUGACACACAAGUACGCCCAUCUGGGGCCCGCUUUGCCAUGAAGAGCUGGGCAGGCCUGCAGGGUGUGGGGAAGGAGGACACAACCUCAAGAAAGGAAGCGUGAACCCCAGGGAACAGCGGGUCCCUUCCCUCCUCAGACACAAGCCACCUCAGCCUGUGGCUCUUGGCCCCCAGCCCCACCAACCCACCUGUUCAUUUAUUCAACAGACAAUGACAGCUGAUAUUUAUUGGACAUUUGCACCAUGCCAAGCAUUCGGCUUGGAUUAUCCCAUUUGUUUCUCACAGCCGGUAUUUAUUGUCUGCUCUUCUGUGCCAGGUGCUGUGCUCUGGGCAGGGGCACUGCAUGGGCUGCCUGCCCUGGUGGAGCUUGUGGUCUGAUGGGUGAGGCUGACCCAAGCCCACCCCAUUGCCAACAGGGCCAGGGCAAGAGUACACACAGGGGCCUCAUACCGUAUGUCUAAAUAUUUAAAAGUUAUCAAUCAAGCUAACAACUGUUAAAUAAAAUAUGUUCUAUUCUCCUA